AUGGACGGGCCCGCGUCAAAGAGACGCCGGGUCUCGCCUCGCACCUCCUCCGUCAACAUUGGCAGCUCCAGCAGCGACGACGCGAUAUUGUCAUCGCAGCACUCUCCCAUCCCUGCAGCGAGUCGCCCGCCCAAAUCCACGCAGACGAAGGCCGGCAAAGCGCGCCAGCAGUCGCAGACUCUAGACGAAGAACAGCCUGCGCCGCCAGCGACCGACGAAUCAGGACGGAAACCUGUCGAGGAAGCUACCAACGCGCCCACAGCAGCAGCGAAUGCGUCAGCGCAAGAGGAGGAUGAAGCUGCGCAGAGCCCUAGGUCACUACCAUCGGGACAAGCUGAGGGGAGCUCGGUUGGAUUGCCCAUCAGAUCGCCUUUCAAGCCGAGGCCACGGCCGCUACCUCCGCCCGCGCCCGAAGGAGACGACGAGGCAGAUUCAUUCCUGGGGAGAAGACAACGGAGAUCGCCAAACAGCGGUCGGCCCAUUUCCUUCCCAGAACCUGAGCUGCCGCCUCCUUCUGCCCCCGACUCCGCCUCCUUCAAGCCCCCGAAAGGCAUACACAGCAGUCCGUCGCGAUGGAGAGACAAACCGAGGCCGAAAAAGAGCUCACCUCUGAAACCGUCUGCAAGCCAACCGCUUGGAAAACCCCGCAGCAAACCUGGAUUGCCGAUGCACAGCUUUGAGCUUCCGCCAAGGGACAUCGAUAGUACCUCAGGAGAGCGUCUUCUGCACGACAAGGCCCACCCAGCUCGUCAAGUUAGCGCAUUUGAUCCGAAUGGAGCCAAGAAGAAGGAAUUAGAAGCUCUUGACGAAGAGAUUGCACAGUUGAAGCGAGAUCUGCAGAUAGUAAGCAAGGAGAACGAUCGGAUACGGCUGAUGCAGUCUUCCGGCCGCAUCCUGAGCUUCGCAGACGAGGAAGAGGUAUUCGACGUGGUGCGGCGACACCUCAUUGACUCCGAGGCAAAACCCCUACCUCCACCGUCGCAACAAUUGUUGAAAGCGGCAUUGAAUCCGUCAGCGUUGUUGCCGUUUGGAAGGACAACGCCGGUUGUCGCCACAACAGAAGACGAGGUCAACAUUGCGGACGUCAGGUCUCACCAUCCAGUGAAGAUGACGGCGGAGGAGGAAUUGCCAUAUCUACAACUCUUUAGCCCAUUCGAGGUUUCUUCGACCAUGGCUGUUUUGCAUGCGGAAGGUGACCAGCCUCUGCGGCAGCGACGUGUCAUGACUUUCCGGUCGAAAGACGCUCCUGGACUCUUCACUUCCAAGGUUGAGAUGGUGGUAAAUGCCACCAACUCGAGUAUCAUGGAACUCAAAAUACAAUCCCUGGAGCCCGCAGCCAGGGCUGAGCUGGGACCUUUUGUCACCAGGAUAUGCGAGGGCGACUGCAACAGGAGCAUGCAGCGCAACGUAGGGAUACUGUCAUGGGCCAUGGGGGAAUGGUACCAGGCGGCAGUCCACAGAGCACAGUUGUGGUCCAAGCUGGACCGGGAGCUGGCCUCCAAGAGCGACUUCUUGCAGGCCGUUGCCGAGGCGCGGAGGAAAAAGCCGCUACGAAGGACGGCUGAGGAGAUGGAAGAGGAAACGGGGAAGCAGCCGGCACCCGCCUUGUCCUUUAAGAAGGCUGAGCUGGUUCAUUUCAUGGGUCAGCAAGCGUUUGAGUUCAACAUCCCAUCGAAGACGCGGUCGGAGGCGACGUCGUCUGUUCGGCUGGAGUGGAAGAUUGACUUCGAUUGGAUUGGGGAGGCACAAAAUAAGGUGACUGUCAUGGUUGGUGUUCCGGGAAAGUGGCGCAAGGCUGAUCAGCGCGGCGUGCUGGGGAAGCUCCCCAAGCUGUUCGAGGAUCUUGUAGAGGGAGGGCAGGACCCGUCUCUCGCUGUCAAGACGAUUGUAGCAUUGGUUGUAGGAGAACAGUGA